AUGCAGUUUUUGGCUCUUGUAAGCGGAGGAAAAGACAGUAUUUUCAAUAUGCAGAUAGCUGCAGAAGAGGGGCACACAGCGGUCUGCCUGCUAAACAUGAAAAUGUGCGAAGAAAAAGAUUCAUUCAUGUUCCAGUACGCGGGCUGCGAUGUUCUCCCUGGGAUAGCAGAGUCUCUUGGUCUUCCGCUGCACCAGUUUAGCACAAACGGGUUUUCCAAGAUAAGAAGCAUAGAUUACACCGCAGAAAAAGACGAUGAAAUAGAAGAUCUGCACUCUGCUAUUAAGUCUCUUCUGGAUAUGUACUCAUUCACAGGUGUGUCCGUUGGCGCUAUUUCUUCAGUCUACCAGUACAACAGAGUAAAGAAUGUGUGCAGCCGCCUUAACCUAGAGAUGCUUGGAUAUCUCUGGGGAAUGGACCAGAGAAAAUUGAUCGAUAGAAUGAUCAGCACGGGAAUAAAUGCAAUUAUAGUGAAAGGAGGAGGGUUUUUGAGCACACUAGUUGGAUGCAAUCUCAGUGAAGUACGAGCAAAAUACUCCGAAUACAUCGAUAGCCAAAUAGAAGAGCACAAAGGGCUGACCGAAAAAGACUUCAACAUGUGCGGAGAGGGAGGAGAGUACGAAACAAUCACCUUAGACUCUCCCAUCUACACAAAAAAGAUAGAAAUAGUUAGCAGCACGAUCGAAGAUGACGGAGCAGGAGUAAAAACCUUGAAAAUACUCCAGUACAAGCUGCUCGAUAAAUCAGAAGAAUAA